CCAUGAUAACGCGAGAAAAUUCUCCAUCGAAAAUCCGGGAAAAAACCAAGAGGUCCAGUAACAAGGGCCCGCCUUUGGAGUUGAUCGCUGCGGAAAUGGACGAGGUACCACUUCUAGGUGGCACGAUUUCAUCUAAAGCGGCCGGAAGAGGAGAUCGAGGUGAAGAAAAUGAAAACCAGAAUUCUUCUUCUUAUGCCAUCAAUCAAGAACAACAAGUUCUUGACUCGCAGUUUCUUAUGCUCCCCGCGGAUCCGCUCGCGCAGGUGAAGGAACGGGCUGCACACAGUUUGUCCUUAUGACAUUGCACAACUCCCCUUUCCCCUGAUUUGUAUAGCAUGAACGGCAAGACAAGAAUCAGCAAGAGGACCGGUUUUGCAUGACAAAUCUGCACACGAGUGUAGUGCUAUUUGGGCUGCCAGAACUACUUGUCAUGCAAACAGUGCCAAGAGGCAAAGGGUGAGUUGGGUAUUUUGCAUGGCAAAUGAGGGGGAUGGGGACGAGUUGUGCACUGUCAUAGUCCUCUUCGAAAAUGCAUGCGGAAUUUUCCGCACCAACCGACCUUCAGGGCGUCGCGCAACUACGACCAAUUCUGACCAGCGCGGAAAGGGAUCGAGGUGCCAUUAUCGACCCAUGGCGCGUUGCGGAGCUGAAGGUGCUGCUGCGAAUCGUUAUCCAGAUAUAGAAAAUUCAAAUUGUGACUCAGCCUCAAAGAAGUUGAAGGCUUCUUUGGUCAUUUUCAUUCACGCAAAAGAAACUCUUAACGCUGGACCGCCCGGUGCUAAAAUGAAUUCAAAACAAUUUCAAACUGAAUUCAAAAUGCCAGCGCUUUUG